CCCCUUUGUGUGUUGAGUUCAACACUCCAAGAGAAAGAAAGAGAGAGAGAGAGAGAUGGCUGCAUGCCUCAUCGUUUCACAAGUGUCUUGAAGUGCUUGUGAGGCCUCUGGUAGAAUGCUGAGAGAGAGAGAGAGGACAUGAUGCAAAUAAAUGAGAUCUACUGGCUAAAACAUAUAUGAAAGUCCUGGAUGAUCUCUUUAAGUGAGAGAGGGUUCCUAACCCAUUUACAGUAAAUGGGCACGAAGGGUUUUCCAGUCAAGCAGUAACAUUUCACAGGGUAGUUAGAUGCAUCAUGGGAGUGGAUCCGAAUUUAUCUACAGUAGUGGACCUGAACACAUCUAAUAUGACCAUGGAGUACAGCUCAGCCCGCUCAGUGGAACAGGUCCCUACAGAAUACCGCAUCGCAGGCCUGGUCUUCUACUCUGUCAUCUUCACCAUUGGCAUAGUGGUCAACGUCACCGCAUUAUGGGUAUUUGCCUUGACCACCAAGAGGAGGAACUCCGUCUCGGUCUACAUGAUCAACGUGGCCAUAGUGGAUCUCGUCUUUAUCAUCCUUCUCCCCUUCCGGAUGGUUUACUAUGGCCAGGACUACUGGCCGUUCGGAGACAUCUUCUGUCGGGUCAGCGCGGCUCUGACUGUCUUCUACCCCUGCAUGGCCCUGUGGCUCUUCGCCCUGAUCAGCACUGACCGCUACGUGGCCAUCAUCCAGCCCAAACACAGCAAGGAGCUCAAGAACAUCCCCAAAGCCCUGGUAGCAUGCAUCGGGGUGUGGAUCAUGACCCUGGGUAGCACUGUCCCCUUGCUCUUCCCAGACCACGACCCGGAUCGCUCCUCCAACUUCACCACCUGCAUCAAGAUGCGUGACAUCAUCCACCUGCGAACGGACAACCCCGUCCACUUCACACGCCUGGCCUUCUUCUUCCUGGUGCCGACCUGUAUCAUGAUUGGUUGCUAUGUGGUUAUCGUGGAUAAUCUCGUCCACGGACGAACUUCCAAGCUCAAGCCCAAGGUCAAGCAGAAGUCCAUCAGGAUCAUCAUCACGCUCAUCGUCCAGGUGCUGGUGUGUUUCGUGCCCUUCCACAUUUGUUUGGUGGUUCUGUUGCUGGACGGUGGUGAUGGUUCGAACUACAGCACGUGGGGGGCCUUUACAACAUUCCUGAUGAACCUGAGUACAGUUCUGGAUAUUAUUCUUUACUACAUUGUCUCCAAGCAGUUCCAAGAUAGAGUGAUCAGUGUGAUUCUGUACAGGAACUACUUGCGUAGCGUACGGAGGAAGAGCAGACGCACACACACAGGGAGUGUGAGGUCGCUCAGUAACUUGACCAGCGCCAUGAUCUAAAGGCGGAAACCAAACUCAACUGUGCAAAAGAAGGUGACCCAGGGACUUAACAGAUGCAUACCUGGCAGACAGUGGCGGUCGGUGACAUUUAUCAUGAGGGAGGACAAUACAUUUUGUUAUGAGCAUGGCCUUAUUUCUACAGCAUAUUAGAUGAUUGUCAUUCAUAUUCCAUUCCCCCAGCUCAAUGUAGCAUCGAUAGGUUUCGGCUACUACAUGAUACUCACAUUUCCCUAUCAUGAGGUUGGUACAGCCUAGCCCAUGAAUUAAGUUUACAACCACAGGUCUAGAGAAAGAUUUGAGUUAUCAAGGUGGCAGACAGUGACACAUUCAAUACUGUCUUGCACACUCUUGCCCACAUCUAGCUGAUCUAUGGUGUAAUCAUUAAUCCAACAGUUGUAAACAAAAGUUGCAGGUAUGUUUUUCCCCAUUUCGUUCCGUUUGCUUCUGUUUAAGAAAUGUUUUUCAACAGAAUUGGCAGAAGGAAUAUACCCCUGAUCACACGCAAACACAGUUCACUUCACAGCAGCCACAUACAAACAGCAUGAGCACAACA